AUGGUCUACUAUUUCACAUCCAAAGUUGUCAGCCCGUCCGCCUUUCUGUAUGUCGGCAAGGACAAGUUUGAAAAUGAGGACUUGAUCCAGUUUGGAUUAGAAAGUGAUGUCUGGGUCGGUUUCCUUGCCUGCACUGCACCCACCUUCCACGUUGAUAAUCUUUCGAGUGCCCACGUCUACGUCCGCCUCCGUGACGGAGAAACAUGGGAAAAUAUCCCGCAGCCCCUUCUCGAUGACUGCGCACAACUAACCAAGGCCAAUUCCAUUGAAGGAAACAAAAAAGACAACAUCACCAUCAUUUACACACCAUGGUCUAAUCUCAAGAAGGAUGGCUCGAUGGCGACCGGCCAGGUCUCAUUCCAUAACUCCAAACUGGUCCGCAAAAUCCUCGUCCGGGAACGCGAAAACCCGAUUGUCAACCGACUCAAUAAGACCCGGGUCGAGAAGUUCCCCGAUCUCCCAGCAGAGAAGGAGGAGUUUAUGAAGAAGAAGCGUAACGACGACCGAAAAACCCGAGACCAACAGCGAGAGAAGGACAAGCUGGAGAAGAGAGAACGAGAGCAGCUCAAGUGGCAGAAGGAUCAUGCGUACGAUGACAUGUUCAGCACCGAAAACAUGGAGGACAGUAGCAACCAGGACCGAGACGCAGACUUCCUGGAUGACUUUAUGUGA